AUGGGAAGACAUUCGAUAUCUAGGGUAGAAGCACCUAAAUUGUAUAAUCCUUAUUCUUAUCAUCGACCACAUUUUGUAAGAUGGAAAGGCUCUGUCAUCCCUAAAGUCCUUCCUUCAACAAUCGUGGUCACCAUAAUUGCCGUCAUUGUUUGCAUUAUACAAUUAGUCGUCGGAAUAAAAAUAAGUAUUCAAUCAUCGUUUAUUACUAUACUUGGUUUCGUUGUUGGUUUAUUAUUAACCUACAGAACGAAUACCGCUUAUGAUAGAUACUGGGAGGGAAGACGUCUUUGGUCAACAAUGGUUGUCUCUAUACGUAAUUUAACGAGAAAUAUUUGGGUAAACAUACAAGAAGGUGAUGAUGAAAUAAAUGAUUUAUUAGAAAAGAAAACGGCAAUAAAUCUUUUAUUAGGAUUCGCGGUAGCAACAAAACAUUAUCUCCGUGAAGAAGAAGGGAGUCAAUAUGCCGACCUUAAACCUUUAAUUUCAAAUAUCAAAACAAGUUUACCAGGAUUUAAACCUUUAGAUGAGCAAGAUUUAAGUGAAAAUGAAAUCAAAACCGGUAAACGAACUAGUAAAAAAUUAUUUGCCUUGAAUGAAAAACCUCCUUCAAUAAAUCAUAACCUUCCUUUGGAAAUUUCGCAUUAUAUUUCUUCUUAUAUUGAUGAUCAAAGAAGAAAAGAUAAAGUUGAUGCUCCAUCAGUAACUUCCAUGUACGGUGCUUUAAAUACUUUAGUUGACUGUUUAACUCAAUUUGAAAGAAUUUUAAGAAGUCCAAUUCCUUUAGCUUAUUCUAUUCAUUUAAGCCAAACUGUUUGGAUUUAUUGUCUUAGUUUACCAUUUCAAUUAGUUGAUACUGUUAAAUAUGUAACUAUUCCUAUUGUUUUCUUUGCGACACUUGUCUUAAUGGGUAUUAUGCAAAUUGGAGAAGAGAUCGAAAAUCCUUUCGGUUAUGAUGAAAACGACUUGGAUUUAGAUGAUUUCUGCGGUAUCCUUAAACGUGAAUUAAAUACAAUUACUUCACAUCCCAAACCGACUGUUGUAGACUGGGUUUACAAUUCUAAAAAUCGUCCAUUUGGGCCUGAGGAAGUUACCGCUUCCGAAGCACGUAGAUUAUCUUUAGAUGAAGUUCGUGAUUUACUUACAACUUCUUUCAUUGCUGAUAAAAGAGUUUCUCUUGAUAAUACUAUCAAAGAAGGGUCUGAUGUUACAAUUAAAAUUAUUUAA